AUGAACAUAGUGAAUGCCAUUUUGAAUCUGGUGCCUAUAGAACUACGCAUUCGUGACAUCUGCAUACGUUCCAAGGAAUGUCUUCAGGGUUUGAGGGACAACUUUUUCAUAGCAAAAUUCCAGUUGAAAGACUUCACCGACGACUGCGUCUUCAACGAGAACAUGGAGCAGCACAACUACAACACCUACUCGUCCACAUUCAAUUCGAAUUCGCGGCGCGUCUACUAUUUGGCGCUGAAUCGACACGGUGAGCCGCGCAAGCUGCAAAUACCGCCAACCCGCUCGCUCGGCAAGCUGGCCACCUACACGAACGCCAUCACCGAAACGGUGGAGGAGGAGCGCGUCGAACAGCUGAUAGCGAAGAAUUUCGGCGAGAAUCGCAUUAAGCACGGCAUACGCCAACUCUGUGAUACGGGCAAACCAUUGAUCGACCUGAUCGAUAGCAAACACUUCAAAGCGCACCCCAAGUGCAAUCCAAAUUCUAGCAAUAGCAAUAGCAAUAGCGGUAGUAGUAGUAGUAGUAGUAGUAGUAGCGGUAGCAAUAGUAGCACUAGUGUGAGUAGUAGUAGCAAAAAGAGUAGUAGUAGUCCAUUAGGUAAUAGUGAUAGUGAUAGUCCUAGCGGUAGUAGUAGUAUUAGUGGCCAAUCAAUGAACAACGUUCCUGCUGCCAACGAGAGAGGCGAGUCACAGAGCAGCGCAGUCACAAAUAGCCAUAGUCACCACAGCAAGGGUGGCCAGCGGGGCGCGGAUGCGUCCAAUAGCUUGAGUAGUAGUAUUAGCAAUAGUUCGUCAGCGAUUAAUGGCGGCCAUAGUAGCGGUAAUAGUAGUCAGAGUGGUCAGGGCCGUCAGCACAACAAUGGUGGUGGCAGCGGCGGCGGCGGUGGCGGUGCCAAGAAAAAGAAGAAGCGACGAAAAUGCCGGCCGCACGAGAAAGAGGAGGAGCAUAAUUGCCAAAGGAACCCGUUAGCGCUGCGCAAGCGCGGCAAUAAUCUCAACAAUAAGAAGUGUCGAGAGCAAUUAACGCUUCAGCAACAGCAACGCAGGCUGCUAAAAGCGAAGGGUGAAGAAGUGCCCGAUAUGCCGCUGCCCGCGCCAUGCAAGAAGAAGAAAAAUGGCGGCGGCGGCGGUGGCGCAAAGAAGAAUCGCAAUAACCAAGCCCAAAAUGGCAACAAUCGCAACAGCGUGAGCGGCGACGCAGCCAAUGCGAACAAUCGACGCGGCAAGAAGCUGAAUGCGAAUGGAGGCCGACAAGCGGGUGGUGCAGGCGCUGGCAACCGCAAUGGUGGCGCGAAUCGUAAGCGCGCGCGAAAUGGUGGCGGUGGCGCGCAAUCGCAGAAGAAGUUGAAAAAGGGGUCGUUGCCGAAAGCGAUUAACGGCGGCGCGACCAGCACAACGCAAGCCACCAGCAGCAGCAGCACAAUCACCACAGCGGCGACCACAAUAACUGCGCGCGAUAGCACCACAGUGGCGGCAGCGCUGGCGAUGCCGUACACUACCACAGAGAUGAGCAGCAGCGAGCUGGAUGACAGCUUGGAUCCGCGCGCAGAGGCAACAAGUGUGCGCGGUGAACGCGAGCGCGAGCAACGCAAUGUGCGCUACAGCAAUUCGAUGGAAGACGAUGGCGCGCAAGCGAGUGCGGUGGGCGCAGCUGAUGUUGCCGGCUCGCCGGAAGACUCCACUGAGGCGGAUGUCAGCGAAGAGGAGGAGCAUGAGGGCACCGUGUCAGAUGAAGCCGAUGAUGCGGAUCUCAAUGCUGACGGUGACGAAUUGUAUGACGAAAGCGAGGAGAGUGUGGCGGCAGUGCCGCCAGCUGCAUCAGCAGCAGCGGCGAGGGCGGCAGCGGCAGCGGCUGCGAGAGCGAGAGCGACGAGUGGUGACAAGGCGACGUUGGCGCGCGCGCAGCUACUCGGAGACGCAGAUGAUUUUCUCUACUACGACCAAUUCGAUUUCUUGCCAUUUGGUCUGUGGAAAUUGCUUGCGAUCUCUUGGUUGACGUUUUGGACGCUACAAAGGCGAGCGUAGCACGUGUGAAAAAAAAACUAAAAAAAGAAUAGCUUCAUUGGAAGCCCCCCCCCCACCCGUUUUUAAGAUAAAGACAAACAAAAGCAACGAAAUUCUAAAUUAAUAUUCAAAUUUUUUUUAAGUGUAGCGUGCUUUGUAAUGCUGUCUCGUAGAUUUUUGCUUAUAUUCACUUAUGCUUACUAAAAUUAUUGCCUACUUAUUGUAUUGUAUACUUUUUGAAAGCAAAUUUCAAUGCCAUCAAACCAGAAAAUAAAGGCUAAUAUAUAAAUUAAAAUCGAAAUCUCAAAUCCUACAGGCUGUAGCUCGAACACUUUCUUUAUUUUUUGGGCAGAGCUUUUUGUUAGAAAAAAAACGCCAACCCCAACAAAAAGCCUGUGAAAGUGCAAUCGAUGCUAAGACAAUGCCAGCAACGGAAUUCAUAGUUACUAAAAAAUAUUAUUAGGUACUUGAGUAAUGUAAAAAGGAAGAAACUUAGUAAGAGUAUAAUGAAUAGGAAUAAAUUAAUUAAAAAAUUUAGUUGCGCUACUUAAAACUAAAUUAUUUGUAUUU